AUGAAAAAUGAUGAAGAAAGAAAUAAAAAAUUUCAUUAUCUUCAAAUACCAAAAUUAACUGAUCAUUUAGGUGAAUAUACAUAUGAAAAUGAUCAUAAUUAUUUAAAAGAAAAAUUAUCAAAUUCAAUAGAAUCAACUUAUCGUGAUACAACAAAUAAUACCUUUCAACAUUUAAUACCACCAUCAUUUCUUUUAAAUGUACCAGAAAGUUUGAAAUCACCAACAUCUAUAAGACGUUCUAUACGUUCAUCACGUUUUGAAGGGUCAAGUAUUGAAUAUACAAGUAUUUCGCAAAUUUUACGAGACUUCUGUGCUAGAACAAGUAGUCAUGGUAUACCAUUUGUAGGAUCAUCUUCUUUCUUUGGAAGAUAUGUAUGGCUUUUCUUUUUUGUUGUUGCUUCAUUAUUAUUUGCAUUUCAAACAUAUUGGACAUUAUCUGAAUAUUUUCAAUAUAGAACAAUUAUUGAAAUGCAACUUAAAUUUGAACCAGCACCAUUUCCAGCAGCAACUAUUUGUAAUUUGAAUGCAUUUAAAGCUAGUAAAUUAAGACAAUUUGAAGAAAUUGAACAAGGUUUUGCUAUUUGGGAAAAAGCUAUGAAUCAAAUUGAUAGUAUGAAAAAUAAUCCUCAACCUAUUCCUGUAAGAAAAAAAAGACAUGUUCUUUAUAAUCCUGUUUAUGUUAGAUGUGUUUGUAAUACACCUGAAGAUCAAUGUGUUCCACAACGUAAUCCUUUAGAUAUUAACACAACUGUAUGUCUUUGUUAUGAAGAAGCAAAUACUGGAGAUAUAUGGCCAUGUUAUCCAACAACUGUUUGGUCACAAAAAACAUGUUAUCAUUGUUCAUCAUCACAAACAUGUGAUGAUCCUGAUCGACCACCAAAUAUAACAACAUUAUUAACAGAAGCUGAGGAAGUUCAAUGUAUUUGUCAAUCAAUUUCACAUCAUUGUAUCAAAAAAACACAAUCUGAAAUUUCAUGGUGGAAUCCUAAUAAUUAUACAAUAUAUCCUAUUACAACAACUACAACACCACCAGAAGUUGAAGAAGCAUUUGGAUUAAAUGAAUUAAAAGAUCGUGGUGCUAUUACAACUAAAACAAAAGAAAAUCUCAUUUUUCUUGUUGCAGCAAUGCCAUUAGAAGUUAGAAAAGAACUUUCAUAUACAUUAGAUGAGUUUGUCUUACGAUGUUCAUUUAAUAGUGAAGAUUGUGAUUUAAAUCGUGAUUUUCAAUUACAUAUGGAUCCAGAAUAUGGGAAUUGUUAUACUUUUAAUUUUAAUGAUAGUGUUGAAUUAAAAAAUAGUAGAGCAGGACCAAUGUAUGGUUUAAGAUUACUUCUUAAUGUUGCUCAAAAAGAUUAUAUGCCAACAACUGAAGCUGCUGGUGUUAGAUUAGUUGUUCAUGAACAAGAUCAAGAACCAUUUCCAGAUACAUUUGGAUAUAGUGCACCAACAGGAUUUGUUUCAUCAUUUGGUUUAAAAACAAAAGUUUUACAAAGACUUGAUGCUCCAUAUGGAUUAUGUAGUGAUACAUUUCGUCCAGAAGGUUAUAUUUAUGCUGAACAUUAUUCUCCUGAAGGUUGUUAUAGAAAUUGUUUUCAACAUAAAAUUCUUCAACAUUGUGGAUGUGGUGAUCCACGAUUUCCUUUAGGUAAUGAUACAUUAAAACCUUGUGAUGCAAGAAAUUAUAAACAACGAUCAUGUUUAACAAAUUUUACAAAUAGUAUUGGUGGAUUUCAUCAUCUUCAAGAAGAAUGUCAUUGUGUUCAACCAUGUACUGAGUAUGCUUUUGAAACAGCUUACUCUGCUGCAGCAUGGCCAGCUAUUAAUUUCAAUAUUGGCGCUGAUUGUCCAGCUGUCAUUGAUAUAACAAAUGAUUCUAAAGCAUGUGCUGAAUAUUAUCGACUAAAUACAGCAUACAUUGAAAUAUACUAUGAACAAUUAAAUUUUGAAACAUUAAAGGAAACAGCUGGUUAUACACUAGUAAAUUUAUUUUCUGAUUUUGGUGGUAAUAUUGGACUUUGGAUUGGUUUUUCAGUUAUAACAGUACUUGAAGUUGUAGAAUUACUAUGUGAAAUUUUUUAUUAUGCUGCAUAUAAAAAACCAACAAGAUUUAUUAAAAAUAAAAGAAGAAAAGAUUUACAUAAUAAGAUACAGGAAAGUAAUUUAUUACCUGCUCCAAGAAUAUUAAGUGUUGAAGAAAGACAAAAUGACAAAGAAUGUCCAGUAUAUAGAAGAAGAACAACUUAUUUAAAAGGAGAAAAAGAACCAAUGGUUCAAAAAGUUAAUUCAAUAGAUAAAAAAGAAUCAUUUUCAGAUGACAAUGAUAAGGAUGAAUAUAGUGUAAUAAAUAAAUUAAAAGGAAAACGAAAUAUUGUAAAAUUAAAUAGCAUUGAAAGUAUCAAAGAAGAAUCAUAUAGCAAAUUAACAGGUGAUAAAAGUGAUUCAUAUAAAUCACUUAAAACAGAUAGUAGUAGUUUAAGUUCAUCCUAA